AUGACGGUCACCAACGAGCUAUGGAGGCAUCAGGACCCCCAGUCCACGCAGAUGUGGAAGUUCAUUGAGCAUGUGAACUCCAAGUACGGCCUCCAGCUCAACGAUUAUCCAUCCCUCUACAAGUGGUCAGUCGACAACGUUGCCGCCUUCUGGGAAGAGGCAUGGCACUUUACCGGAAUCAGGAGUUCCAAGCUAUUCGGUGAGGUGCUCCCUGAAAAUGCGCCCAUGUUCCCUAGGCCCGACUUCUUUGCCGGUGCCCGACUAAACUUCGCCGAGAACCUUCUGUUCCCUGGAAAUGCCGACGUCAACGGAUCCGAUGUUGCUGUCAUCACCGCCACCGAAAACGACGAGCACCUUACCGAAACCACAUGGGACCAGCUGAGGGAACAGGUCCGGCAAUGCUCCAACGCCCUCCGAGCUGCUGGAGUAAAGGAGAACAGUGUCGUGGCGGGCUUCGUCGCCAACCAUGUGCAGGCUUUGGUUGCCCUCCUCAGUGCUGCCACUCUCGGCGCCAUCUGGACAGGAAUCAGCCCCGACAACGGUGUCAGCGCCGUCUUGGACCGUCUUGUUCAGAUCAAGCCUACGGUUCUCUUCUCAGAUAACGCCACUCUAUACAACGGCAAGGAGUGGUCUGGCAUUCCCAAGACCCUCGAGGUCGUUGAGGAGCUGCAGAAGCAUGGCCUCGAGCUCGUCGUCGUUGUCAAGGGUCUCAAGAACUUCGAGACUGGCCUAAACAAGAUCCGCGCCAAGGGCGUCAAGGCGGAGGAAUACGACGAGUUCCUUCAUAGCUCGCCCAAGGAGGAGCCCCUCGUCUUCGCCCAGCUUCCUCCCUCGCACCCUCUCUACGUCCUCUACUCCAGCGGCACCACCGGUUUGCCCAAGGCCAUCGUCCACACCGCCGCCGGCACUCUCCUCCAGCACAAGAAAGAGCUUUUCAUCCACAGCAACCUCUCCCCGGGCUCGCGUAUGCUCUACUACACCACCACCUCGUGGAUGAUGCACCACUGGUCCGUCUCCUCGCUUUCGUGCGGCGCCUCGCUGGUCCUCUACUCUGGCUCCCCCUUCCGCCCGCACGGCCACCUCUCGCUGCCGCGCCUCCUCUCCUCCCUCAAGGUAACCCACUUCGGCACCUCAGCCGCCUACCUCACCACUCUCGAAGCCAACAACGUGCGCCCCAUCGACCCCGAGCACAACCUCGACCUUUCCUCCCUUGAAGCCAUCUACUCCACCGCCGCCCCCCUUCCACCCUCCACCUUCGCCUUCGUCUACACCGCUUUCCCCGCCACAAUCAACCUAGCCUCCAUCACCGGCGGCACAGACAUUAUCUCGCUCUUCGGCGCCCCCUGCCCCCUCCUCCCCGUUCGCGCGGGAGAAGUCCAAUGCGCCGGCCUGGGCAUGGCCAUCUCGGUAAUGGACUCGGCCUCCGACGCCUCCAACCCCCUUCCCGUCGACCCCGUCGGCUCCGAAGGCGACUUGGUCUGCCUUAAACCCUUCCCCUGCCAACCUCUCACCUUUUUCGGCCCGGGCGGCGACGACAAGUACCGCGCCGCAUACUUUGAGCGCUUCGGCACAGCCAUGUGGCACCACGGCGACUUUGUGCGCAUGGACCCUUCCACCGGCGCGCUGGUGAUGCUCGGCCGCUCCGACGGCGUGCUGAAGCCGGCCGGCGUCCGUUUCGGCUCUGCGGAGAUCUACAACGUGCUCACCCGCUUUUUCGCUUCCGAAGUCGAAGACGCGGUCUGCGUCGGGCGCAGACGCGAGUUCGAUCGCGACGAGACCGUGUGUCUGUUUGUGGUCAUGGUUCCUGGCAAGCAGUUCAGCAGCGAAGUGAGGGAUAGGAUCAAGAACGUGAUCAAGCGCGAGCUGAGUCCCAGACAUGUCCCUGGUGUGGUGGAGGAGUGUGGCCCCGCGGGUAUCCCGCGGACGGGCAACGGGAAGAAGAUUGAGGUUGCUGUUAAGCAGAUCUUGAGCGGGCUGAAGGUGAAGACGAAUGCGAGCGUGGCGAACCCGGAGGCGCUGGAGUGGUUUAGGAGUUGGGCCAAGGCGGUGGAGGAGCCGUUGCCUAACUAA